CCGGAUCCAGGCUCCGCGCGGCGCGCACCCGAGGGGGGUCGGGCGGGGAAACGGCUCCGGCCCGGACCCCCCCGCGGGAGCAGACGACGGGCGUGAGGGCUAGGCGGCGGCUGCGAACGAGGAGCUGCGGUCGCUGGGACCGUGUCUUCAGGUUUUCUUCACUUCAUCGUGAAUUGUAGCACAUCAGACUACACAAGGUGUCUUAGUUGAAGUUUCAUCAGUUAUAAAAUUAGAGAUUUGUAGACUACUGAAAAGAAGGCAUUUUCAGAGCCAGAGAUGUGAACUUAAAAACUCCUGGGCCAGGGUUCACAGACCAUAUUGAGAAAAUGACUGUGGUGUUGGAAGAUCAUUACUUUUGGAAAGCCAAUUAGCAUCAAUUCCUAAGAGAAAUUUGACCAUCAUUUGUUCUGGCAUGGCGCAAAGCAGUCCACAGCUUGAUAUUCAGGUUCUCCAUGAUCUUCGGCAACGUUUUCCUGAAAUUCCAGAGGGUGUGGUUUCUCAGUGCAUGUUACAGAAUAACAACAAUCUUGAAGCCUGUUGCCGAGCCCUUUCCCAGGAGAGUAGCAAAUACUUAUAUAUGGAAUACCAUAGUCCAGAUGACAAUAGAAUGAAUAGAAAUCGCCUUUUGCAUAUUAACCUGGGUAUACAUUCUCCUGGUAGCUACCACCCAGGAGAUGGAGCUCAACUUAAUGGUGGUCGAACACUGGUACAUAGCUCAAGUGAUGGACACAUUGAUCCACAGCAUACAGCAGGUAAACAGUUGAUUUGCUUAGUUCAGGAACCACACUCAGCUCCAGCUGUUGUGGCUGCUACUCCCAACUACAAUCCAUUUUUUAUGAAUGAACAGAACAGAAGUGCAGCUACUCCUCCUUCACAGCCACCUCAACAGCCAUCUUCCCUGCAAACAGGAAUGAAUCCAUCUGCUAUGCAAGGGCCUUCACCGCCGCCGCCACCACCUCCUUCAUACAUGCACAUACCUCGGUAUAGUACAAAUCCAAUUACUGUUACAGUGUCCCAAAAUCUCCCUUCUGGACAGACUGUACCAAGAGCUUUACAGAUUCUUCCACAAAUUCCAAGCAAUCUCUAUGGGUCUCCUGGUUCUAUUUAUAUUAGACAGACAUCUCAGAGUUCAUCAGGAAGACAAACUCCUCAGAGUACGCCAUGGCAGUCCUCACCACAGGGCCCAGUGCCUCAUUAUAGCCAACGUCCUUUACCUGUUUAUCCACACCAACAGAACUAUCAACCUUCUCAGUAUUCUCCCAAACAGCAGCAGAUUCCCCAGUCUGCUUACCAUUCACCUCCUCCUUCUCAGUGUCCUUCACCCUUCAGCUCUCCACAGCAUCAAGUACAACCUUCCCAGUUGGGCCACCCAAGCUCCCAUGUGUUUAUGCCACCUAGUCCUUCAACUACUCCACCCCAUCUAUAUCAACAAGGACCUCCUAGCUAUCAGAAACAGGGAAGCCACUCAGUAGCCUAUCUCCCAUACACAGCAUCUAGCUUACCCAAAGGUUCCAUGAAGAAGAUAGAAAUUACAGUUGAACCUCCUCAAAGACCUGGGACAACAAUUACUAGGAGUCCUUCACCCAUCAGUAAUCAACCCUCUCCUCGGAAUCAGCAUUCACUGUACACAGCCACCACGCCACCUUCAAGUUCUCCUUCAAGAGGGAUGUCUAGUCAACCAAAACCUCCAUUUAAUGUUAAUCCUGUGUAUAUUACAUAUACACAGCCAACUGGACCUUCAUGUGCUCCAUCGCCAUCUCCUCGGGUGAUACCAAACCCAACUACAGUUUUUAAAAUUACUGUAGGCCGAGCAACAACUGAAAAUCUUUUAAAUUUAGUGGACCAAGAAGAGCGCUCUGCAGCACCAGAACCUAUUCAGCCCAUUUCAGUGAUACCAGGCUCUGGGGGAGAAAAGGGAAGCCAUAAAUAUCAGAGGAGUUCUAGUUCUGGAUCAGAUGACUAUGCCUAUACACAAGCCUUGCUGUUACAUCAGCGAGCAAGGAUGGAGAGGUUAGCAAAGCAAUUGAAAGUUGAGAAAGAGGAGCUAGAGCGGUUGAAGGCUGAAGUUAAUGGUAUGGAGCACGACCUGAUGCAGAGACGCCUCAGAAGAGUCAGCUGCACCACUGCGAUCCCCACGCCUGAGGAAAUGACAAGAUUGAGAAGCAUGAACAGACAACUCCAGAUAAAUGUUGACUGUACACUGAAAGAAGUUGACCUCCUUCAAUCUAGAGGAAACUUUGAUCCAAAAGCCAUGAAUAAUUUUUAUGACAACAUAGAACCUGGUCCAGUUGUACCACCAAAACCAUCCAAGAAAGAGAAUCUAACUGGCUCCACACACAGUCCUCGGAUACAACCCCGAGAUGAAGACUACGAAGGGGCUCCGUGGAAUUGUGACAGCUGCACCUUUCUUAACCACCCAGCACUAAAUCGCUGUGAGCAGUGUGAGAUGCCACGGUACACUUGAAUUCAGAAGAGUUGGCACCAGGUUAAGAGUGAAACUUUUUGAGCACCAUGAGAAAAGGAAACCUCAGGAGUCUAUUCAUCUGCCCAGCCUUUUCAUUUUCAAUUGCACGGGGGGUGGGUAGGAGGAGGAAUGGCACUGUGGUCACUGUGCUCACAAAAGGAAUAUGGUGAGGUCUUUCUUUUUUUCCUUUCUUAACUCAUUGCAGAGUUAGAGGUAGAAAGGAAUACUUGAAACUGGGGAAGGAUUCACUCCUGAAAGAAUGUACACAGAGCUAAGUCAAGAGCUCUUCUGUGGAAUCCCAAUUGUUAAAGUUACUGCUGAGUGGCCCUUAUGUUUUUUUUUAAGUAAAACCUUGAAUGAUAUUAUGAAAAGUUAACAGUUUAUGCAGACAAACUGUGAAUUUCAGAGUAGGCUUACCUGGCCACAGCUCUCUGGAAAACCAAGGCUCCCUGUGCUUCUUCCCAUGCUUCCUAUGAAGAGAAGGACAGGAAAAAGCACCCAGAAUAUGAUUUUUUUUUUUGCAAAAUAAUAGAGAUAUUUUUAAUUGCUGCUUUUUUUCAGGGGUAAUUUCAAACACAAACAAUAUGUUUUAAAAUGUGAUUUGUAGCAGUCAGGAAUUAGGCAUAUUAUGCCCAUCAUUGGAAAGUACAAUCAGAGGUGGUAAGAUCCCUUUGGCUUGUACAAGGUUUCAUCAAGCUAUAUCAACACUGGUAACUAAGACCUAAUUAUGCCAUGUAAGAGAUAUAUUUUUAAGUUACUGUAUGCUUUUAUUAGGCCGUUUUAAAAAAUAACAAAUCCUUACAAAGUAUGAUUUUAUAAAUGACAUUCUUGUAAAACUGCGCUUUGCCAAUAGCACAGUGAAUGUAUGCCAAAUGCAAGUCCAUUCCAAAAUCUAUUUGGAAAUCUUGAGCUCGGCUGUGGUUCUUAAGAAAUGUUUGCAGUUCAUAGGGCUUUUUUUUUUUUUUUGCCUCCUUCCAAUUUUGUGAUGAAUUCAUGAUGUUUACAGCACAGAUAAUACUUUGUGCCAUAAUCCUAAUUUAGCUGAAGAAAAAAAAUCAAUAUUAGCUGUUCAAUAAAGAUUUAUUUACACAUAUGUUAUAAACCAAUGUGAGGGAAAUUACAGUUGGCCAAUAUCAAAGUUGCACACUGCAUUGUUUGGGGAGAAGAAAAAACUGGUUAGGAAAUAUUGGAUGGGGGUGUAGCUCAGUGGUAGAGCAUAUGCUUAACAUGCACAAGGCCCUAGUUUUGACCCCCAGUACCACGAAAAGAAAAAAGAUGAAUACAAGAGUUUUAAAUGAACAACUUUUUAAAUAAAAAAACUUCAAGGUUUGGAUAACUGAAGAGAUAAAAUCAUGUGACUCAUUAGGGUGCACCACUGGAAAUUUAAUAGCACAUCUAAAUAAGGUCUCUGCCACUGUUCAGUUUCCUUCUUGGCUCAGAAUUGAAUUUUAAAAUCCAAACCCCUCAUUUUGGUGAAUAUAAACAGCAGUAAAGUUGGUAGAUUUUCCCAUUCUGAAGCAUUUUGGCUGAGGUUAUAAUCUUAGGAAUACCAGCAGGUGCCCCCCCUACACACACACACACACACACACACCCUUUGUGUUCUCAUUGUAUUCUAAUUUAGCAGUAAUCUCUGGCAGGCUUGGAAAAACAAGCUGCACUUAAUAGCAUAAUGAAACCAAAGGCAUAACUCAUCAUAGUUUUCCAUCAAAUCAUAAUUUCAUACUCUGCCUACAGCUUUGAAAACAUUUUUUCAUAUGUGGAAAACUCCCCAAAAUAUGUCCACUCGUCUCCCAAAGUUAACUGUGGUUAUGUAAUUACACUGAUAAAACAUUUCUCAUUCAACAACUGUGGCAAAACUGUGAAAAAGAUGGUGAGAAAGCAGACAGGCUUUAAAGCAUGGACUUGAAAACAGGUUUUUUUUUUUUAAACAGACUUUUGUAACACUGGUAUCUGUCAGUCUCCCAACAACAGUCCAGCAGUCCUACUAUCCUGUAAGAUUCCUUUGCCUCUGUGUGGUUUUGUAUCAUGUUAGUGGUGGUCAACCCCACUUGGUGUUAAUAAACAAUUUAGGGGGACAAACCUAUAUAUAUACUGCUUGGUGUUCUAGCUAAAAGGUUUACCAGUAUUCAUAGUGAUACGCUGAAGUGGCAGCAAUUAACUUGGCAGUUGUCAGUUGAAAUGAAAGUAGCAUGUUUGAAAAUCGUCAGAUGCUUUAUUAAAACCAUGUAGAUGACUUUAAAACUAUUGCAUGAAAAUACAUCCAGGUUAAUAAGCUGUUAUCAUACAGUAGACGCAUGGUUUCAGUCCUUUGAUGACAUAUCUAGUCAAUCAUUGCUUUCCUGCCAGGAAAAAUGAGAAAACAGUCCAUUUGCUAGGUGUGGAAGGUGGGGUAUGAGAUAUAUCAGAGAUUGAUUUUAAGGAAGUUUUGUACAUGUCAAUUUGUGAUUGUGCACAAGUUUCAUCUGCCAACUUAGGCCGUAUUCAGUUUUUUAAAAUAUGCAUAUUGUUUGACACUGAUAAAUUUUCUAUGUUUAACUGUAUCCCAUAGACUUCUUUUUGCCUAUGACCAGAUUGAGUAAGAAUCCACCCAGCUUUCAAGGUAUCUUUUCCAAAGGAUCUCCUAGUCAGAUUGGUAUGCAUAAACAAUUGGUAGGAAUUAAGUUGGGUGAUGCCUAGCCACUGAGGCGCCUACGCCCUUUGGUUGAGUUGGUGCACUCCUUGUUUCUUGUAAGAGAUUUUCUUUCUUAAAAUACAACUGGUUUGAUGUAUCUGGUAACAUAUAGACCUGACUAUACAUUUUACAUUAUUUUACCGUUUCAUAACUGGGUUUUUAGAAAGCACGUUUGCCAUUCUGCUAUAGUACAUUGCCCCUUAAAAUUUUGGAGUUCUUAAAAGUUUAAAGUGGUAAUAGAGGAGCCAGAAACUUUCUAAGCAUUGUAAAAUGUUGAUAUUGAGCUAGUUUGGGAGAGAGUAGAGGCAGGAGAUUUUAAAGAAAAACAGAAAUGCAUUGUAAAAAUGUAGUUUUAGAGCAGAUUAAUGAUGGUGGGGAAAGUGUUGCUAAUUUGUUUAUUUCCCUGGAAGAAAUGGGAAGUGUGAUAAGCAGUUUAAUUUUUAAGGAGCUGGUCUCAAUUUUAGUACUUUUUAAUUAUAAAUCGAUGUUUCCUUAAAUUUUGUCAUUGCUUUGUCACAAUUAUCUAGGGUUCAUAUCCAACUUUCUGUGGCAACUCAAUUUUAUAUAGUCUUUUAAAAGGUAAUUGUAAUGUCUUGCUGACAGUAUAAACAAAAAGCAAGAAUAUAAGACAUAGAAGAAUUGUCCUUUAAAAAUUAUCAAUGAUGUAUCCUGGAAUGUGAAGAUGUCCCUUUAUAGUUAAAAAUUAUUUUAAUAUUGUACCAUUGUUAGACCUUGAAUGAGUCUAUGUUACAGUGUGUGUAUGUAUAUCUUUAGAGAAAGGAAAAUGACAAGUGAAAUGCUACUUUAAAAAAAUCAAAAUUGGGCACUGUCUGUGUUGCACCACUACUGUAUCUUUUUGAAAGAAUUAACAGUAUUUUCCUAUUGUGAAAGUUAAUUCUGAUGACGUUUUCACAUUCACCAGAAAUUUUUUUCUGUAUUAUUUGCAUCCCCAAAUAUUUAAUACAAGUAGAUUUUGCAUGGCUUGGGCAUUCAGAGAUUAAUAGAAUGAUGAGUCAAUUUUAAUUUCUAAAGCCAUGAAAAGUUGCUUUGAGACUGAGCAAUUCUGAAUUCUUAUUUAUAAGAACACGCAAUGUCCAUGUUUCUUUCCCUACUGUAAAGGAAUUGAUCAGUUUCUUCAUUAAAGCAGCAAGAACUUAUUAAAUCUUGUAAAUACCAUGUCUCUUAGAUUUCUGUGUAUGCUGUGAAUGAAAUUAUUUUGAGAUGAAAUUGUACAAAGGCAUUUAAAAAGGCUAUGCAUGCAUCGUACUUCCAAACAGUACAUAUUCAGAAAGUCAAAAGUU